UUUGGCUCAACUUCGGAUUCAUUUAUAUUUUCAUUUAAUGAUACUCUUAAUCCGACAAUGGCAACUUUGUCAAGAAUACAUGAAUCAUUGGAUGAUGAGGCUGUUUAUUUUUCUCAUAGUUAUGGCCCGUGUUUUGGUCAAAACGAUUUACAUAUGGUAGAUCAGAGUUGGAAUUGUAGAAAGACUAGUUACGAUCAUGAAAUAUUGCCGGGUAGGUCAAAUUUUAUUGCUGAUGAUUAUGAGGUAUUUAAGAUUGUAGAAAAUGAUGGAUUGAAAGAGAAAAAAACAGAAGUUCUAGAGGAACGUCUGAUGUUUAUACAUAGUUUUGAUGG